AUGUACGGUGCGUAUGUAACGUCUACAUCGACAGAGUCAAAAAAAAAAUUCAGAAAUUUGUUUAGACAGUUUCGCAAAUUCAAGUUUUCGACGCGCAGCAAGAGACAAUUUCGUCGGAACAGCGUCGAACAACAAAAGGAAGAUGACCGGGGUACGAAAAGCGGUCAAUCCGGUUCAUCCGCAAAUGCCUCGCCUCCCUCUUCACCCGCCGCCAACAAAGCCCCUAAUUACCCGGUGCCCAUAAAACUUAAUGUCGGUGGAAUUCUCUACGUCACCACGCAACAAACGCUAUGCAGUUAUCCUUCCUAUCUCUCCGAACUUUUCUUUCUUUUCAAGUCCCCGAACGCGACCAUUCCCACUUUCAACAACAACAAUUACCAUGGAUAUCCCAAGAAGCUGGCUUCUCGUCACCCGCAAAUUCCCUGGCCCGAGGAACUCUUCAUCGACCGGGAUGGUGUGAUCUUUGUUCACAUCUUGGACUUCUUACGUACCUCCACACUCCCAAAGUUACCUCUCUCGGUGUUGAGAAGACUCGAGGUCGAAGCAAAAUUUUACGAGAUCAAACCUUUGCAAACCAUCAUCAUCCGUAGAAUUCAGGAACACCAGAGUGCUCCCAAAUUCAAGAUCAUACCAAUUCCGAAUUUCAUGGAUACGAACCAGUUAGCAAGUGAUAAAAAUGAUUGGUCUCGAUUCACCGGUAACAAGAAUGACAUGUCAAAUUUCCUUUGUGCGCAGUGUAUUCAUGACAACAGUGUCACCGAGGCGGGUAACAACGAUGAUAUCAACGAUAAAACAGCGCCGAGAUACCUUUCGCCUAUCCCAACCAAAUUCUUGUCAGUCGUUAACGAUGAUGCCGACGACGAUGAUGACGCAUCGGUCUCAUCUACUUCGGUUGAGGUUCCUAUCAUCUACCAUGAUCCAAAUACCCGAGAUGAUAAUAUUCAAGAUGGCUUUGGGUCAAUGUGCUCAAAUCCUCAAUCAAGUAGCGUGAACGCCCCGCCCCUUCGUAUUAGAUCGCCACAGAUAAAGCCACACAUACCACUGGACAACAAUUUCGACUCGAGUAAAUAUCUCUACGACGGUGAAAUACCAAUAAUACUGAAUAAUGGUGGCGGUGAAGAAUGGAAGAGGAGGGACGAACGAGAAAAUAAUUCGGAUAAGAAUCCGAUGACCCCGGAAUACGAAUUCGUCACCAUCACGACAAUCCCUGUUGAUGGAAUCAACUCUUCGAGGUACACAAGGGACUCCUCGUAUUAUGAUUCCACAAAGUGCGAGUGUGCAAAUUAUGGACCGGAGUGUUGGAGGUGUGGAGGAGAAAAUGUGAACGAUGAAAAAAUCAUCACGGUGAUAGUGUUCAAACACUUCGCGUACGUCUCAUCGACGGGUAUAAAAGGUCAGCGCCCAUCCGUUCCAUCCUUGUCAUCGGGGGAGAUGGCUGAAAACGUUUUUAACGGAGACCUCUCAAAGCUCGUUGACAUUCCACGAAAUAAUUUACCGUUCACCUAUUCCUGGACCAUCCGAGACUUUCAAGAUCUCUAUGCAAAGACGAAGCAGGGGGAGUCGGUGUACAGUGAAAUAUUUGCCUCCCCCGCCUCCCUUCCCGCCUCCCACCCGGACCACGCACCAACACUCAAUUAUUUUACCUGGAAUUUAAAAUUUUAUCCUCACGGUUUUUUGGAAAACACGCAUGUCUCCUUGUACCUCAACCCCAUCCGGACAAAGGUCGAAAUUCAACGUGGCCUAACAUCGAGAACUUCGAGUUACCAGUUUGACCUCUUUCGUCUUGACAGCGAGGAGAAGAGGAGGUCAUACGUACUGACGAGAUUAGAAUGUGACCCAAAAUGCAUCACACACGAUUUUAACCUUGACGUCCUACGGGAUCGGGGUGUUCGAAAUUUCUGCAAGCUGGAACAAAUCUUUCCAAACAAUGAAAAGACUCGGAAAACCGAUUUAGUUAUUCGCGUGCAAUUUAAUGACAUUCCAAAGGGUGCCGUCGACGAUCAGCCACUCAGAGACCGGGAUCACGGGGAUGAGCUGUCAUCGUUAGAGAAGUCGAAAUAUUUUGAUCAGAUGUUCACGGUUCAAUGGAAAGAUUCGCCUUCGUCCACAAUUCCAGUUGACGAUACCCCUUACGAAUUAUUCAGAAUGAUCGUCCAUUACCUGUAUACCAGAAAUCUACCGGAAUCAUUGUCUCUGGAGGUGACGCAGGACUUAUAUCGUAAAGCGAGGGCCAGUGAAGUCGGUGACCUGGUGAAGGCGUUGACAACACGUCUAAUUGAUAUGGUGAAUGAGAAUACUUGGGACGAGCUGCUGAUGACAGGAUGGGAAACUGCGAAUACGGAGUUGAAGGAGGCGGCAUUGAAUUAUGUGUAUAAGCAUUGGAAGGAGGUGAAGAAGUCUGGAAGGGUUGAGAGGAUCAUGCUGUAUGAAAAUGUUGAGUGGAUAGAGGAAUUGAUGAAGGCCCGAUUUUACGGUGUCAGAAGACGGUAA